AUGCAAGAGAUUGGAGGACCUGAAGUAGGUCUCUGGUACACACAGGUUGUGUGUGUUGCAGCUGAAGCUCCUAAAAAGAGCAAGGAAGAUGAAUUUCAGACUAAGUUGAAUUUGUUCCUUCAAAACGAAGGAAAAUCAUUAGCUGACAUUUCAAGUUUGGCAUCUCCUGCUCCUGACCUCAACACUAAGCUGGUCGAGGCCAUAAACUCCCUUGUUCAAACAUGUCAUGUGGCUUCAUCUGAGGAGAGAGGGAUAUAUAGAAAGCUGCGCCCUUUUUCAGGGUUUAUACCAACUCCUCUUGGGGAAGAUGAGUUUGAGAUUUGGGUGGAGCAGACUACACACAUUUUGGAAGAGUGGCAGUGCUCUGAUAAUGUUAAGAAGCAGAAACUAGUAGAGUGCCUCAGAGGUCCUGCAGCAGAUAUUGUAAGAUUUGAAAAGACUGGCAACUCAGCCGCUACUUAUAGUGACUAUCUUAGUGUACUAGAGUCAGCAUUUGGCAGUACUGAGGAUGCUGCAGAUUUGAUGCUUAAAUUUCGAAGCACUUACCAAAAUGAAGGAGAGAAGCUGUCAGCCUACAUAUUGAGGUUGGACAGACUGCUCCAUAGCAUGCUGCGGAAAAAAGGAAUUGAGUAUUCUGCUCUUAAUCAUCUUAGAAUGCAGCAAAUAGUCAGAGGUGCCUUAGCAGGUGAUAUGGUGGCUAUGCGUUUGAGGAUGACCCACAAGCUUUGUGAGCCACCUUCUUUCAACGAGUUAAUGAAGGAGGUUAGAGAGGAAGAAAAUAUGGUCAGCAGUAGGCGCACCUUACCGUCUAAUGUUGCCAUGUCUGUAGUGCCCACUACCAAGAAGGAUUCGUCUGCUAACAGUGGUACUGUCGACUCAGAAGUAGAAAAGUUAAAGAAGGAGAUUAGGGGGCUGAAAAAUGAGGUGUCUCGGUUGUCAGCUGCAGCCAAAGAACCUGUAGCCCAUGAUCGUCCAGCCAUGCACAGUCUGGCUGCUGUUGCUGACUGUAAAACUCCAACACGUACAGUAACCAAAGCCAACAUAUUUUGCUACAGAUGCGGGGAAGAUGGGCAUCUUAAGCGGGACUGUAAAAACGAUGAAAAUCUCAGGAAAGUAAACCAGCGACUCAUCAGAAUGAGACAAUCUUCGGGAAACUUCUCCGGGGCUCAGUAA